GGCUCCAGCAAACGAGAUGAAGACACCGGACCUUUAGCCGUCAAAGGUGCCAUGAAAGACCUUCUGGUGGGGAUCUUCGAUGGCAAAGUGCCUCCAGAGCUCUUGAAGCCGUCGAUUGGAAAUAUCCAACCCAGCUUCGUGGAGUACGGCGAGGGCUAUGUGGUGGCAAAGGGUUUCGACAACGAUCGAGCCAUUCAGGACUACGAGGAGGCCCUGCAAGACAUGAUGGAGAAUGGCGGCUUUGCGAACCCUGCCGUGAGCCAGAUUUGUGCGGGUCUCAUCACCCUUUACGACGCGAAGGCGGCGACCACCAAAGAUGCGCAGUACUACGACCGAGCGACGGAGUACAUCUCCAUGAUGCAACAAGCCAUGCAGGCUGGUAUGGGAGAUGCUGCGCUGACGGAUCCCACCUUUCUCUAUUUGGAAUCCCGAAAGCAAAAGCUCCGCCGGAAGAAGGACCGGCGCUUGGCGAAGGGCGCUCCUUCGCAAGAGCUACAAACGCUGAUGAAGCAGCGGCCCGAGCGGAAGAAGGAAGAGAAGUGACCCACGGAAACCGCGUCCACUCGAACCGCGGUUUCAGUGCAAAAAAGCCGUCCCCUGAACCGCGAACUUGCAGCGCCC